AUGUUGCUAUCAAGAUUACGACCUUCUAAGAAGAAGAAUGCUGAGACUGCUGAGCAAAAAGUCACGCGUCAACCACGUUUACCUGAAUUGGAUGAGUAUUUGCUCAAAAGAGAUUAUGCAGGAGCUAUAUCUAUGCUGGAGUUCAAAGUGAAAAGUGCGAAUAGAGAUGAGAGCACUGAGUUAUGGUUGGGACAUUGCUACUUUCGUGCUGGUGAAUUCAAAAAAGCCUGUGAAGUUUAUGAACGAAUGCUGAAAUUAGAAAGUUGUCCAAAUGAAGUCUAUGUUUACUUGGGUUGCUGUUUCUUAUUUCUGGGAAUGUAUAAGGAAGCGAAAGAGACUGCAGAGAAAUGCAAAAGAAGUCCCUUGCAAAAUAGAUUGAUGUUCCAUGUAUCUCACAAACUGGGAGAUGAGAAAAAGUUGAUGCUUCAUCAUCAACAACUCGGGGAAGUUUUGGAAGAUCAAUUAUCUCUGGCCUCUAUCCAUUACAUGCGCCAACACUAUGCCGAAGCUAUUGAAAUUUACAAAAGCAUAUUAACUCAAAACACAAAUAUGAUAGCAGUUAACGUUUAUAUGGCAAUGUGUUACUACAAAAUGGAUUAUUACGACGUGGCCAUGGAAAUGCUGGCUGUUUAUUUGAAAUCUUUCCCAGAUAGUCCUGCUGCUCUCAAUCUUAAAGCCUGCAUAACAUACAAAACAUACAUGGGAAAAGCUGCACUGGCUGAAGUGGAUCAAAUCCAAAAAGGAACUCUCUAUCCCGCCAUCAGAGAAUUACUCAAUCACAAUAUGGUCGUUUUCAAAGAAGGGGAUGGUGCUCUGCAAGUGUUUCCUGGGAUGGUCAAUGACGUGCCUGAAGCUCGUCUUAACUUGAUAAUUUAUAACUUGAGAAUAGAAGAUAUAGGCACUGCUCUUAACUUGUGCCAGGAGCUGGAACCACAGAGACCUCUUGAGUUCCUCAUCAAAGCCAUUGUCUUCACGUUCUGGGGUAAUAAUAGAGAAUCGAAAGAUCAUUUGAAAACUGCAGAACAGUUUUUCAAAAUGGUGGGAGAAUCUCUGCUUGAAGCAGACACAAUCAUUGGAAGACAAGCUAUGGCCUCGAGUUACUUUUUACAGCAGAAAUUUGAUGACGUUAAAGUGUAUCUUCAUUCGGUUAAGGCUUAUCACGUGAAUGAUGAUACUUUUCAUUGGAAUUACGGUCAGGCUUUACUAGCUUGCAGAAACUAUAAGGAAGCUGAGGAAGAACUGCUGGCUGUCACUAGCAGUAUACGUGACGCAAGUCUUUAUAAAUAUUUCUUGGCAAGAGCAUUUAUUAUGAAUGGUAAACCACAAUUUGCUUGGGAUUUGUAUACGAGAACAAAGGAUAACAAAGUAUCCUUUACUCUUCUCAGAAUAAUCGCUCAUGAUUGCUAUAAAGCAGAAGAGUAUUAUUUUGCUGCUAAAGGUUUUGACGGAUUAGAGAAAAUCGAUCCUUCCCCUGAGCAUUGGCAAGGAAAGAUGUGUUCAGUCGCCGGUGUUUUCAAGCUUUUAAUAGCUGGCAAAGCGAGCAAUGAACAGAUGUCUGAAGUUCUCAUAUUCCUCGAAAGAGGAGGCCAGCCUCAGUCAGAUUCGUUAGCUAACACAAUACGAGGAUGGGCGAGAAGAAAUCAAAUAAACCUCUCUUAA